AUGGUAACCCUCGAAGAACAACUCGCCGUCGAAGCGCUCGGCCUCGACCGAUUCGUCUCGUGCCUCCCACCAACGCGCAUGGGCGACCUCGCCGACUGGGCCUACGGCGGCAACAUCCUCGCCAUCGCCAUCAGCGCAGCCUACGCCACCAUUAAACCCUGCCACCAUCUCUACUCACUCACCGGACACUUCGUCCGGCCCGCGAGCCCCUCCCUUCAGCUUAUCUGCCAAGUCGAACGCAUCCGGGACACGCGGAUCUUCCAAACCCGACAUCUCCGCGUGUACCAGGAAAGCCCCACCGGCGAGCAGCUAUGUCUCGUCGCAACCGCCGACUUCCACAUCGAGGAGACGCUUGAGAUGGUGAAUUACUCCACUCGUCCACAUUCCACACACGCCGAUGCCGUUCCAGCUGCAAUCGCCAGAGUACCAGAAUCAGGCCUGUACAAAUACAUCAACCGGUUUAUGGAAGUACAGCCCCUUCCGGCCACAGACCGGAAGACUGAAGGGGAUAUCACUGGCAUUAUUUCGGCGGAACGCGUCCGCCUGCAGACGCCCCUUGGGAGCGAGUCCGCUCAGCUCGCCGCGCUGGCGUUCUACAUGGACCGCGGCCUCGCGUACAUCCCCGCCAACCACGCGGGCCGGAGUCUGCUGGAUGCGAGUGCCUGCGCGACGUUGGACUUUGCGUUGCGGGUGAUGACGCAUCGAGUUGAUGUGGGGGAGUGGAUGGUCAGUGAGCAACAGACUUGUGCGGCGGGGGGUGCGCGCGCAGUUAGUGAGGGGAGGGUCUUUGAUGAUGGAGGCAGGUUGGUUGCUGUGAUGACGCAAACCACGAUUCUGAGGCCCAAAAUGGGUGGGAAAGCCAAGGUUUGA